UUUAAACCGUCAUUGAUGGCCUUGACUCCAUUCUUGGUGUUAGGGUUUUGUUGGCUUCCUUAUUAUAAAACUUCUCUAGUCUUUAAGCUUUGUCAUUCUGUAUCUGAGGCGCAACAGAGGAAGAUGGGCCACUCUAAUGUCUGGAACUCGCACCCAAAGAACUAUGGCCCUGGAUCGCGCACUUGCCGUGUUUGUGGAAACCCGCACGGUUUGAUCAGAAAGUACGGUAUCAUGUGCUGCAGACAGUGUUUCCGCAGCAAUGCUAAGGAAAUCGGUUUCAUCAAGUACCGUUAGAGAGGAUGGGGUCUUGAAGCCAAGUAGCUGCCAACCCGCAUGGAGCUAAAUUGGAGAACUUUUCCUAAUUUUUCGACUUUAUUUUUGUUGUUUUUACGAUCUUGACUAGUUGUAAAACAUUGUGUUAUCUUUGGACAACAACAUGACUUAUAUCAGAUGUUUGUUUUGGUAA